GUAUAAGCGAGCUAUUUGGGUCUCAGGAUGCUUUCGUUAUCCAGCAAGCGAUGUCCACUAUACAUAGCAAAGUCCGUUGCGUGACAUUCCCGGCGAGAAAGCAGGAGAAAAACUAUAUCAGUUUCGAGCUUGCUAAAAAUGUGUUCGCGGAAACAACUAACCAGUCGACCGCUGCCGAAUAAUACCAUGGCGUAGGAGCAUUGAAUAUCGACUAGCGUGCGCAGUAACUUUCGUCAACCAGGCUCUGUCUUACAAUUAUUUUGGGGGCCACAGUAACUCGCAGUCUAGGAGUCGCGGACGACCAGAGCAAAAGUCUUGCAGCGGAGUUUUUUUGAAUGUGUGGGUAUGGCUGGGACACCGUUUAUCUGAUUGUCAAAAUGUCUUUCGGCGCACCGUCCUUGCGGCGAAAUGUCUCGCGGCGUGUUGUCCUUCCGACUAAAUGUUUAUGAGACUAGUAUCCUGCAACAUUCAUGGACUAGAAUAAUUUCGUCGACACAGUUGUGGAUCAGUCGUCCACCGUUCUGCCGAACCAAGUCAACCAACCAGUCGGCGUGGCUUGAACUAAUAAUGUCGCCAUUGAGUGCAUUCGGUUCUAUGGUCGGAUCAAUGCAUGCCGUCACUGCUCCGGCAGAAAAGUUGAAGCAGUUAUGCAGAUAUGUUUUUCAAUCUGUGUGCAAUGCAUAUUUCAUCCCACUCUUUUUUCGUCUGCAGAUUGAAUUUCUCAUUUUAAAAAUUUUGAUUGAACCCGAUAGGUAAUCGAGGAGAACGGUAGUCACGCCACUGAUAAACUAGUCAGUUGGUUGUCUCCUUAGACUAAUAAUUCUCUGACUUUCGGUUUGCUGCCCGACAUUUUGCUAACUGGCAUAUUGCUAAUUCUCACAGCCUGCAGCCUGCUGCUCGACAGGUUGCUGACCGACAAAUUGCUUUUCGAUAAUUUUGCUGCACGUCGUGCUGCUGAAACUAUUUUGUUGACCGAUAUCCCGCUCACUGUUCUUUUUUCAGGUUUCGUAGCUUUUUUUGUUUAUGCUACAGUUUAUUAGCUUAGCUUGGUUUCUUAUCAUGAUUUAGAUCCCUAUGUUCUCUUUGGUUUUCUUGUGUUUGUUAUGCUGGCUUUUGUCUUGUUUUCUUAUGUUUUCUAAUGUUCUUAUAUUUGUUUCUUUUGAUAUCUUAUGUUUGGUUCUGAUUGCCCUAUGACUUUUUCUGUUAACUUGUACAGAAUAAUCUCAUGUUUUUCUAUGUGAUGUUUUUCCGCUUUUGCUUUAUUAUGUUUGGCUUCGAUUUCUUAUGUUUAGUAAUGUUUUAUUCAGCCACCUGAUUUUCAUCAGCAAAAUAUUGGGGUUCGGCAAACUGUCGUUCGGCAACUUGCCGAUCAUCGAGUUGUCGUUUCAUUGAUUGUCGGCUAAGCAUUUUGUCGGUGACCAAGCUGUCGGUGCACUGAAAAAGAGUGGAAUGAUAUAUGCAGCUGGAGCAAUGGACAUAUCUGCUUGAUUGCAUCCACCUUUGCAACGGUUGCAACGCAGACGCUUUGGCUGCACAUUAGCAGGGCUAUCGGUAUACAUUCUUCGCCAGUAUUUGAUUUAUGAAGAUGUCCAUGACGAGGGUGGACGGAGUUUCGUAGAAACAGCUACCAUCAACUAUUUAGCAGCGAAAGACAGGGCAAGACAAAGCAGUAUGCACAAAGUGAAAAAGUCGAAGGACCCUCGAUCUGAGGCAGUCGAAUAUCCGCAGUCAUUGACGUGUGUCUUUAAUUGGUGAUACUGCAAAUGAGAUUUUCAGUUGCUCAUCCUACGUCGGAGUCAAAGGUGGCAUACAACCAAUAUUUUUGGACCCAGUCCAGUGCAUGCGUCCGGGAAUCGUUCAGCAUGAAAUUCUGCACGCUCUUGGUCUGUUUCAUGAACACAGCCGGAGUGACCGGAAUACUAGUGUAAAAAUUUUUGUUGACGAAAUAAUGGACAGUCACAAAUCACAAUAUGAUAUUAUUCCUGACAUGGAUACAUUUGGAACGGAUUACGAUCUGGAAUCACUGAUGCACUACGGACCAUAUGACUUUGCUAAAACCAUAUACCGUCCGGUGAUCAUUCCCCGAAUGGAGCAUGUUUACCGAAUGGGACAACGGGAAGCACUAAGCGUGCGCGAUGUCGCCAAGUUGCGCAAUGCUUACCACUGCCAAGCUGACCAGAGAUUCGAGAUAGACGAGCAUGACUAUGAGGAACGUUCGUUUCCUGGGUUUUCUGGAUUAGAGAUGCAAGCAGAGCAGUGUGCCUGGCAGUUCAAUCAGUACUGCAGCGUCCCGGAACUAAAUAGCGAGAACUGCACAACAACUAGGUGGCUGAAUAUUUGGUUCAACGCAUCGGCCGAUACAACGCUUUUACGAUCAAUGGCUAUGGCCAUGGCCAAGGCGCCAUUACGGCCGAUCGGUAUAUUGUUAAAGGACCAACAAAUAACCGGUGAAUUGCUAUCUCCAAUUGAGAAACAAGUUCUGAUUUUGUGGAUGCUCGACUGUCAAGCUCACGACGCAACAGUGAAGCUUUCCAGCUUCAAUUUGAUUAAUCUCCAGCAUUUUGAAGUGCGCAGAUGUAUCGACAUGCGCAUCAGAAUGUCCGAUUUCCGAUUUUUGUCGGCGCUGAAAAUUAUAGUCUUCGAGAAGUCGACGAUCUUAUACUUGGAAAAAGGAGCCUUCACCAACUUGCCGCAACUGCAGAUGCUUGUUUGGCAUCGAUCGAUUUCGUCAAAAUUUGGUGUGGUGAUCGGCGACAAAUUGCAGAAGAAUCUUGCCCGAAGCAUGCCCGGCUACUUAAAGCGAAUGCACUGCGAUUGCGAAUUUGCUUGGCUACGGAAGUGGCUUCCGGAACGCGGUCUGCUCCGGGCGACAUUUGAACCAUCUGCAAUAUUUUACUUCGCCAAUGGGAAAUUCAUUGAUCAACCAGAGAUCACGAUAAACGAUGUGUAUAUUCCAAUUGACUGCGCCGUGCAGCCAUUUCCUUCCGAUUUCGACGCAAUAAAUUUUAACCAGAGCGAAUUCUCAGUUAACGCACCGCAGUGUCCAAACAGCACGUUCAAUGCGACAUAUGAAUCUCUCAAGGUUAAACGAACCUUUACUUUUUCUCCCAUCGACAUCAGCCAGUGUCAGAUGCAGUUUGGAAAAUCUUGCCGACCGUGGGAGAGGCAUUCUUCAUUGCCAGCUACGGAAACGACAAUUCUGAUUUAUUGCCAGCAAGUGCACAAGAGUUCCAAGACCGCUUUGGCCAUUGGAUGUUGGAGCAACGCGACGGUGCGAGACGUACAAGACAUUGCCUUCGCGCUGGCCAAACCACCAUUACGAAUGGUGAAAUUAAAUGUCAGCGACGGAAGUUAUCUGUGUUACCGUGCGUUUGCUCCGGUAAAAACGCAAAUUCUAGUGAUGCAGCUCUACGAUUGCUUGCAACGACGGACAACAGGCAAAUUACCUUCCUUGGCUUUCGAAAAUCUGCUAUACCUCGAAGUAAACAACUGUCACAAUAUUACUGUUCGGACCGAGGAUUUUGCUGACUUUCCUAAUAUUCGCGUAAUACUGUUCGCACAGUCGACGGUGGACGGAGUGACCCAGUUUACGUUCAGUUCGCUUCCGAAUCUUGAAGCUCUGUCCAUGGAAAUCGGAGCGCGCGAAGCGCUGACGGGUGACUCAAAUUAUUAUCAAUAUUUACGUAGACUCCACUGUGAUUGCCAGUACAAUCACUUCCGAUCAUGGCUACAGCAACGUAUUAUAGACCGCAUUCCAACAACUGCGGUAGACUCGAAUGACAAAGGAAAUAACGCUUCGCGCAGCUGGACGGCGCUAGCGCAAUUGGACUACGAUGUGGAGGGCGAAACAUACCGCUAUCAGUGGUGGACAAAAGAAAUGUAUCAGUCUCUGGAUUGCGCUACUGGGCAAGCUAGCAACGAUUUUUGGCUGACGGUUAACAAUAAUCACCGGUUUAUUUACUCUGUGAACGCUCCAAGUUGCCCGCAUGCUUAUGCACCGACCCAUGCACCAACAACAAGAGGUUCUAGACCUUACCUGACAGGAAAUAAGACGCUGGAACGCUCCAGUACCGGCAAUAAAGAAGACUGGACCGCCAGCUUGAGUAAACCGAUUUUGCAAGAACGACGAUCCGAGCUAACAGCGCAGGCGAUUGAUGAGGCAGGCCGUAUAUACCAUUACGAUGACCAAGCGCUCAGCAGUGACCCCGCUGCAGAGUCCGGACUUUUGUCUAGCAGCCGAUUCUGGCUCAACAAUGGCAAAGAUAUUGCUUAUUUAUUCAGCGAAGCGCUCGACAUCGCAGAUCGAGAAGAAAUCAAGGAGGCAUUACAUUCCAUCUCGAUCUACACUGCACAAUGUGUGACGUUUAAAGCCAGGGAACUCGAGAAUGACUACAUCUUUUUUCGGUUGGGACAGAGAUGCCAGUCAAGUGUUGGCAGACAAGGUGGUCAGCAAAACAUCACUCUAACGCAAGCAUGUAUUUUUCGCGGGGCCCUCCAGCAUCUGGUUCUUCACGCGUUCGGUCUAUUUCACGAACAUCACAGAGCUGAUCGUAGCGAGUACUUGAGCAUAUAUCUCAAUCGAACAGAACUCCCGCCAAACAGCGUUCUGAUUCGCCAGCUACCGCAGAUGGCCACUUACGGGACCGAAUACGAUCUGGAAUCCAUUAUGCAUUACGGCGCAUUCGACCUAGCCGAUCCCGAACAUCCCGAUCUGCCUGUCUUCCUCCCUAAAACAACACAACCAGGGAAACGCUUUAAAAUGGGUCAACGCCGGACUCUGAGCGCCAAAGACAUUGUCAAAUUGUACACAGCCUACAACUGCACGAUACAAGUCGGAGACGGUGGUGUUCGCGAACCGAUUCCCAAUUUUGUUAUUAGCAAUCUUCCUCCGUCGGAGUGUGAUAAGUUAGCUACGCUGAAAUGUGCUAGUGAACGUAUCCAUGACUGCUCAUUACGGGGGUUCAUACCGCUGUCCUGCGACUCCACGACCACAUUGGAUGACUGGCACCAAACGGGUGUUACAGUGGCGAACCUGACAAUGCGCGUGGUCGAACUGAAAAUGCUUGAUAGCGAUGAGAUGAACGGAGCCCCCGCUGCUUUCAUGCCGAUUCGAAACCAAAUACUUUUUACGUCAUUUAGUAUGUGCCAGAACUCCCGUUUUUCAUCCAGGCUCGCCGUUUUCCGUUUCAUCAAUUUAAUGCAGCUGCAUUUACGGUUUUGUUAUGGGCUGAUAGUGCGGAAAAAGGACUUUUGCGGAUUCCCGCGCCUGCUCAUUCUCCUUUUUGUCCACAGCACGAUACUCCACCUCGAUGCGGGGACCUUCAGCGCCUUGCGGGAGCUAACGGUGCUGAGCUUGGAGUCCGAUUUGCUCAAUCCAACCAGCUCCCAGUCCAAUGUCAGCCGGUCGCAGCUGAUGGAUUACCUACGCCGACUGCACUGUAGCUGUGAUUUCGCUCAUUUUCGACGAUGGAGGGAAAGCAAUAAGGUGUUGCGACUGGAACUAGGGUCAGGCGAAAUAACCUAUGUUGUCGGCAUCGCCCGCAGUCGACGAAUAAAGAGAGACCAGAUAUUUUAUCCUGUAGACUGUCUCGCCGAUCCGCACGCAUCAAACACUACGGAACUGAAAAUCAAUUCGGACCAACGUGAAUAUUCCAUUAACGAACCAGUGUGCGACUUAGACACCAUCAAAGCUACAAUUACGCCGUCCUACAGCAGCCUUUGCGGAAAUACAGAAGUUAACAAUUCAUCUAUACCUGAACCAGCGGGCAACAGAUCGUUGGACAAAACACAAAAUGUUGAUGCAGGAAAAUUUCAUAAAUUGUUCAACGAGUCAAAACAGGAAGCGCCGUUGCAUUCCGACUUUGUCGAGCCAUAUCGGAAAGACAGCGCGGUACACGAAGACGCCAAAUCGUACAGCUGGAUAUACGGCUGUGUAGGUGGAGUUUUUGGCCUGUGCAUCAUAUUGGCUGUCUAUGUGACAUGUCGCUGUGUUUGUCGCUCGUUGCAACGUGCCAAGAAUGCCGUAAGUCUGGAGAAUGGUCCACUGCUGGGGAGACAGGUUGCUACAGUAUCCAGGCCGAGUGUACAGAUCUCCACGGCGUCCACUGAAUUGACGCACACAUUUGGCGGCGAAGUGGACGAAAUGCCGAGUCUGGAUUUGACAACAGAAGGCAGUGGCACUGAAUUGUUGCCGCUAAACAGCGCUACACUCGACGCACAUAUUGAGCAGUCUGUGUAGUCAGAAAAUUAAUCCCGUUACGCGGUUACAGUACCCGAGGGGCCGCGCUGACGCUUGGAAUAGGAUUCGGAUUGCUCAAACUUGGACUUGGAUUACUCAUCCAGAGAAGUUAGAGAACCACACUUGCUUAUGUAAAAAUAAGCGUUCUUUAAAAUUCUAUAACGUGUAACCACCAUCGGGUGGAAGUCUCCUCUAGGAAUUCCCGAUUAACUGCCUUUUGUUGAUGUUUGUUUGUUUGUGUGUUUAAGCAACUGCACAGCUUCAACAAACAGGUGAAAACCUGUGUGUAAUUUGCCCAUAUGUAGCACAGUCUGACAUACUUUAAGGUUGUUAACCGUUUGCUACAUGAGCAGACAAGUAA